AUGCUCGAAUAUUUGUUCUUUCGAGCUGGACUAUUCGAUCUAAAACCAAUAAACUUAUAUAAUCAAUUUAUUUGCUCGAGUCAUCUAAAAUAUUUGAAAACAAAUGAUAAAAAACGAUGUCAUACAUGUAUAUCUAUAAGAAAAGAAGAUGUUACAAGUACUAGUGAUAUUCGAAAUAUUUCAAAGCCAGUUGCACUUGGUAUUUGGGAGGAAGGUUAUCCUAAACACCGAUGGGCAUUUUAUGAUAAACCAGUAUGUGGUAAAUGUCGAAAAUAUUUUGAAAGUAAAUAUUUGACGAAAGAGAUGCGCUCUUGGAUUUAUGAUGAUAAUGAUAUUUUUCAUUCGCCUAUAUCAUCUGAUUCCGAAGAUGAUGAUUAUCGACCGGCGAUUGACGAGCUCGACCAAUCGAUAUUCACUGAUAAUUUUAAUAUUCUGAAAAAAUUUCUUCAAGAUACAGGUUUUGAUGGUCGAAUAACUAAAACAUUUUCUUACGCCAAUCUUCAACCACGUAGUCAGUGUAAUUUUCGUUGCCAAUCAAGGAAAAUACUCUCUCACGUUUUGAACAUCCUUAGUGCAAAAGAAGCUGAUAUUAUUUGGAAAGAUUAUAUGAAUGAUGAAUAUGAAGAUUAUAUUGAUGAAAAUAAUUUUGAUACGACAAUGACUGCCAUAGAUACUGCUCUGACUAAUGCUGAUCAUUACUCGAUCAAAAGACAAAUCUUAGGUAUUGUUGCUGCUGAUUUUCCAUCUGGUGUGCUUCGUGCUCAUCUUCCAAGUGUUAAUAGUUAUCAAAUAAAAGCUGCACGUAAACAUGCAUAUAGUAAAGGUAAUAUAAAUGAAAAGAUAUUGAAACAACUAGAUUUACCUAGUAUUGAG